AUGCUCUGCUCUCCUGCUCUAACUCACUGCAUGGCUGCCCUGCUCUGUUCUCUUGCUCUGUUCCACUUUUCUGUUCCCCUGCUCAGCGGGCAUCAACACGCAAGUCUUGCAGGUGCACUCCCCCCUCCUGCUUGCUUUCCACCCCAUCCGCCCCUGGUUCCCCCUUUCCUGCUUGCUUUCCACCCCAUCCGCCCCUGGUUCCCCCUUUCCUGCUUGCUUUCCACCCCAUCCGCCCCUGGUUCCCCCUUUCCUGCUUGCUUUCCACCCCAUUCAACCCUGGUUCCCCCUUUCCUGCUUGCUUUCCACCCCAUCCGCCCCUGGUUCCCCCUUUCCUGCUUGCUUUCCACCCCAUCCGCCCCUGGUUCCCCUUUCAUGCUUGCUUUCCACCCCAUCCACGCCUGGUUCCCCCUUUCCUGCUUGCUUUCCACCCCAUCCGCCCGUGGUUCCCCCUCUCCUGCUUGCUUUCCACCCCAUCCGCCCCUUGUUCCCCCUUUCCUGCUUGCUUUCCACCCCAUCCGCCCCUGGUUCCCCCUUUCCUGCUUGCUUUCCACCCCAUCCGCCCGUGGUUCCCCCUCUCCUGCUUGCUUUCCACCCCAUCCGCCCCUGGUUCCCCCUUUCCUGCUUGCUUUCCACCCCAUCCGCCCCUGGUUCCCCCUUUCCUGCUUGCUUUCCACCCCAUUCACCCCUGGUUCCCCCUUUCCUGCUUGCUUUCCACCCCAUCCGCCCCUGGUUCCCCCUUUCCUGCUUGCUUUCCACCCCAUCCACGCCUGGUUCCCCCUUUCCUGCUUGCUUUCCACCCCAUCCGCCCCUGGUUCCCCCUUUCAUGCUUGCUUUCCACCCCAUCCACGCCUGGUUCCCCCUUUCCUGCUUGCUUUCCACUCCAUCCGCCCCUGGUUCCCCCUCUCCUGCUUGCUUUCCACUCCAUCCGCCCCUGGUUCCCCCUUUCCUGCUUGCUUUCCACCCCAUCCGCCCAUGGUUCCCCCUUUCCUGCUUGCUUUCCACCCCAUCCACGCCUGGUUCCCCCUUUCCUGCUUGCUUUCCACCCCAUUCACCCCUGGUUCCCCCUUUCCUGCUUGCUUUCCACCCCAUCUGCCCGUGGUUCCCCCUUUCCUGCUUGCUUUCCACCCCAUCCGCCCCUGGUUCCCCCUUUCCUGCUUGCUUUCCACCCCAUCCGCCCCUGGUUCCCCCUUUCAUGCUUGCUUUCCACCCCAUCCACGCCUGGUUCCUCCUUUCCUGCUUGCUUUCCACCCCAUCCGCCCCUGGUUCCCCCUCUCCUGCUUGCUUUCCACCCCAUCCGCCCCUGGUUCCCCCUUUCCUGCUUGCUUUCCACCCCAUCCACGCCUGGUUCCCCCUCUCCUGCUUGCUUUCCACCCCAUCCACGCCUGGUUCCCCCUUUCCUGCUUGCUUUCCACCCCAUCCGCCCCUGGUUCCCCCUUUCCUGCUUGCUUUCCACCCCAUCCACGCCUGGUUCCCCCUCUCCUGCUUGCUUUCCACCCCAUCCACGCCUGGUUCCCCCUUUCCUGCUUGCUUUCCUCCCCAUCCGCCCCUGGUUCCCCCUUUCCUGCUUGCUUUCCACCCCAUCCGCCCCUGGUUCCCUCUUUCCUGCUUGCUUUCCACCCCAUCCGCCCCUGGUUCCCCCUUUCCUGCUUGCUUUCCACCCCAUCCACGCCUGGUUCCCCCUUUCCUGCUUGCUUUCCACCCCAUCCGCCCCUGGUUCCCCCUUUCCAGCUUGCUUUCCACCCCAUCCACGCCUGGUUCCCCCUUUCCUGCUUGCUUGCCACCCCAUUCACCCCUGGUUCCCCCUUUCCUGCUUGCUUUCCACCCCAUCCGCCCCUGGUUCCCCCUCUCCUGCUUGCUUUCCACCCCAUCCGCCCCUGGUUCCCCUUUCAUGCUUGCUUUCCACCCCAUCCACGCCUGGUUCCCCCUUUCCUGCUUGCUUUCCACCCCAUCCGCCCCUGGUUCCCCCUUUCCUGCUUGCUUUCCACCCCAUCUGCCCGUGGUUCCCCCUUUCCUGCUUGCUUUCCACCCCAUCCGCCCCUGGUUCCCCCUUUCCUGCUUGCUUUCCACCCCAUCCGCCCCUGGUUCCCCCUUUCAUGCUUGCUUUCCACCCCAUCCACGCCUGGUUCCCCCUUUCCUGCUUGCUUUCCACCCCAUCCGCCCCUGGUUCCCCCUCUCCUGCUUGCUUUCCACCCCAUCCGCCCCUGGUUCCCCCUUUCCUGCUUGCUUUCCACCCCAUCCACGCCUGGUUCCCCCUCUCCUGCUUGCUUUCCACCCCAUCCGCCCCUGGUUCCCCCUUUCCAGCUUGCUUUCCACCCCAUCCACGCCUGGUUCCCCCUUUCCUGCUUGCUUUCCACCCCAUCCGCCCCUGGUUCCCCCUCUCCUGCUUGCUUUCCACCCCAUCCGCCCCUAGUUCCCACUUUCCUGCUUGCUUUCCACCCCAUCCGCCCCUGGUUCCCCCUUUCCUGCUUGCUGUCCACCCCAUCCACCCGUGGUUCCCCCUUUCCUGCUUGCUUUCCACCCCAUCCGCCCAUGGUUCCCCCUUUCCUGCUUGCUUUCCACCCCAUCCACGCCUGGUUCCCCCUUUCCUGCUUGCUUUCCACCCCAUUCACCCCUGGUUCCCCAUUUCCUGCUUGCUUUCCACCCCAUCCGCCCCUGGUUCCCCCUUUCCUGCUUGCUUUCCACCCCAUCCGCCCCUGGUUCCCCUUUCAUGCUUGCUUUCCACCCCAUCCACGCCUGGUUCCCCCUUUCCUGCUUGCUUUCCACCCCAUCCGCCCCUGGUUCCCCCUUUCCUGCUUGCUUUCCACCCCAUCUGCCCGUGGUUCCCCCUUUCCUGCUUGCUUUCCACCCCAUCCGCCCCUGGUUCCCCCUUUCCUGCUUGCUUUCCACCCCAUCCGCCCCUGGUUCCCCCUUUCAUGCUUGCUUUCCACCCCAUCCACGCCUGGUUCCCCCUUUCCUGCUUGCUUUCCACCCCAUCCGCCCCUGGUUCCCCCUCUCCUGCUUGCUUUCCACCCCAUCCGCCCCUGGUUCCCCCUUUCCUGCUUGCUUUCCACCCCAUCCACGCCUGGUUCCCCCUCUCCUGCUUGCUUUGCACCCCAUCCACGCCUGGUUCCCCCUUUCCUGCUUGCUUUCCACCCCAUCCGCCCCUGGUUCCCCCUUUCCUGCUUGCUUUCCACCCCAUCCGCCCCUGGUUCCCUCUUUCCUGCUUGCUUUCCACCCCAUCCGCCCCUGGUUCCCCCUUUCCUGCUUGCUUUCCACCCCAUCCACGCCUGGUUCCCCCUUUCCUGCUUGCUUUCCACCCCAUCCGCCCCUGGUUCCCCCUUUCCAGCUUGCUUUCCACCCCAUCCACGCCUGGUUCCCCCUUUCCUGCUUGCUUUCCACCCCAUCCGCCCCUGGUUCCCCUUCUCCUGCUUGCUUUCCACCCCAUCCGCCCCUAGUUCCCCCUUUCCUGCUUGCUUUCCACCCCAUCCGCCCCUGGUUCCCCCUUUCCUGCUUGCUUUCCACCCCAUCCACCCGUGGUUCCCCCUUUCCUGCUUGCUUUCCACCCCAUCCGCCCAUGGUUCCCCCUUUCCUGCUUGCUUUCCACCCCAUCCACGCCUGGUUCCCCCUUUCCUGCUUGCUUUCCGCCCCAUUCACCCCUGGUUCCCCCUUUCCUGCUUGCUUUCCACCCCAUCCACCCGUGGUUCCCCCUUUCCUGCUUGCUUUCCACCCCAUCCGCCCCUGGUUCCCCCUUUCCUGCUUGCUUUCCACCCCAUCCGCCCCUGGUUCCCCCUUUCCUGCUUGCUUUCCACCCCAUUCACCCCUGGUUCCCCCUUUCCUGCUUGCUUUCCACCCCAUCCGCCCGUGGUUCCCCCUUUCCUGCUUGCUUUCCACCCCAUCCGCCCCUGGUUCCCCCUUUCCUGCUUGCUUUCCACCCCAUCCGCCCCUGGUUCCCCCAUUCCUGCUUGCUUUCCACCCCAUCCGCCCCUGGUUCCCCCUUUCCUGCUUGCUUUCCACCCCAUCCGCCCCUGGUUCCCCCUCUCCUGCUUGCUUUCCACCCCAUCCGCCCCUUGUUCCCCCUCUUCUGCUUGCUUUCCACCCCAUCCACCCCUGGUUCCCCCUCUCCAGACUGCUGUCCAUGCAAACCCUGGCCAAUACCCCAUUUCCCUUAUGCUCUCCACCCCCUCUUUCGCUGCUUUCCCUUCUGUUCUUUGUUGA